AUGAUAGCUGAAAAUCCAAAGCCAGCUUCUGCAGCUGCUGCUGCGGCUGCUGACGAGGACGAUGGCGUCGACGGCUGGGGCGAUGACGAUGGUUGGAAUUUUGAUGAUGAGCAGGAUCAUGAUGAGAGUAAACAUGAGGCCACAUCAACAAGAAAGCCCUUAGAUUUAAGGCUCAGAGAAAUUCAUCUUAAGAGGCAUCUUUGACCGCUUUCCUAAGGAGGAAGUGCGUUAAAGAUGCUCUGUUCAAGAUGAAUAAAAAUAAGGUCUAACCUUAGAUACUUCUAGGGGACAACUACGUUUACUAGAUCCUGUUCCUGUUGACAACAUUGAUGUAAAAGAAGCGGGUAUGGGACAUGCAUCAGAGAAC